AUGGAUCACCACCAGUUCUUGGUCAGACAUGAGAGCUCAUCGAGCUGCAGCCAGAACCAGACCCAGACAUCCAACCCAAUGGACUGCUUAUCCUUUCCCCCAGGAUUGAACUACAGCACCAACUCACUCUUCUGGUUCAACCAGAACUCUAGGCAAUUCAACAUCAAUCCCGACUUGAACUGUAGUAACUCCAAUAUGUAUAGUGUCAUGCCGCCCAUAACGUGUGCUGGCCCAAUGUUCUCAACUCCUGUGGAUCUAAAGUCCAUUGCUCUUGCUCCAGCCUGCACAAAUGCUCAUGGGACUGGGAAUCAAUACUGGGAGGUAUGUCAUGAUUCCAGCAACAGUAGUGCCAGCAGCGGUAUCGGAGGUGGCGGCAGCGGCAGCGGGGGGAUUGAUGGCCUGCAAAGCAAUAAUAGCUCGUUAGUGGACAGUGGCAUCUUCUCAUGGUCAGACGGAGAAUCUGAAGAACUUAAAUGGUCAGAGUACCUUCAAGGCUCAUUCCCUGUCUCUGCAGCGUUGAUCAACAACAGCAACAACAACUACAACCAAAGCCAACAGCUUUUCUCUGGAGGACAACAACAAGUUAAGGCAGAGGGCUACUUUGGGAAUGAUGGCGGCUUGGGUCCUUGGCAUCCGGGCUAUUAUGGUAAGCAUCUCUAA